AUGGGCGGCCACUAUGGUCGUCCAGGGCUAGGUUUUGUAGCCUACCCAGAAGCUCUGGCGCAACUUCCGGUGCCUCAGUUGUGGUCCUUCCUGUUCUUCCUCAUGCUUCUUGCUGUGGGCCUGGAUGGUCAGUUCAUGAGCAUGGAGGUCAUCACAACAGCCCUUGUCGACAAAUACCCGAAAGAUCUGUCACGAAAGCGUUGGCUUGUAACCGCUGGUGUAUGUGUGAUGUGCUUUCUUGCAGGAAUCUUACUCUGCACGCAGGGCGGCCCAUACAUCCUUCAGCUCCUGGACUGGGAUAUAAGUGCUUUAUCAGCCUUUCUGUUCUGCACACUGGAAUGUGUUACCGUGGUCUAUAUCUAUGGUGUAAAGCAGAUGAGCAAGGAUGUUGAGAUGAUGAUUGGAAAACCACUUCCGAUCGUCGUAAAGAUCUUUUGGGCUUUCGUCAUACCAGCAGUGCUCCUUGUAAGUGAUCGAAGACUGCCUUCAUCCUGA